AUGGCCACUCUUCAGUUAGCCACAUGGGCAACUAACCUCACUUACGCCAACCUCUCAACGGGAGUAGUUGAUGCUGCUGUCAAGAGUCUUUAUAAUUGGGCCGGCUGUGCCAUUGGAGGUUACGUUCAGGAUGCGCCCCAGAUUGCGCAGAACACCACUCUCGCCGCUUUCAGCGGCCCUCCCACAUCGAGUAUCCUCGGCGCAAACGAUUUCAUUAGCUCUGGGUAUGCGGAUGCUCAGACGGCGGCGUUGAUCAACGGCAUCGCAUCACAUGUCGACGACUACGACGAUACGCACCUCGAAACCAUCAUUCAUCCUGCCGGGCCUGUGGCUAGCGCGCUGUUUGCUGUCGCUGAGUGGAAGGCUCCCGUUUCAGGCCACGACUUCAUCACCGCGUUUGUCGCCGGUGUCGAAGCAGAAUGUAAGCUGGGUCUGUCGGUCUAUCCUGAACAUUACAAUGUGGGAUGGCACAUCACCAGCACCACGGGCUCGAUUGGCGCAGCAGUAGCAGUCAGCAAGCUUCUUGGAUCCGCUACUGUUACCAUGCAAAACGCCAUUGGAAUAGCGGCGACGCAAGUUGUCGGCAUGCAAGAGUACUUCGGGUCAGACACAAAGUCUUUCCAUGUCGGACGGGCAGCGCAAGGCGGCAUGCUCGCUGCGCUCCUUGCCAAGAACAACUACACCAGCUCUCUUCAGGGCCUUGAGGCCAAGUUUGGGUGGUUGCACGUCGUUAGCACGCGAGAAAACGCGACGGCAUACUUCGGGCAGCUGGGUCAGAUCUGGGAGAUCGAGAAGAACACGUUCAAACCCUUCCCUUGUGGGAUCGUCAUGCACCCAUCCAUCGAUGCUGCCAUACAGCUGCAUAAUCAGACUAUCCAAGAAGGCAAAUCUCUCUCCGACAUAGACACCGUCGAGUUACGCGUCAACCCUCAAGUCCUCAUCCUAACAGGCAAGACGGAUCCACAGACAGGCCUCGAGGGCAAGUUCAGCAUCUACCAUGCCACAGCCGUGGGCCUCAUCUACGGUGAAGCUACGCCUAAGGAGUUCACAGAUGCGGUGGUAAAGAAUGAGACGGUGGUCGACAUGCGGAAGAAGGUCAACGUGACGACUGAUGCGAGCGUGGAUAAUGCGCAAGGGUACAUGACGGUCAGCUUCAAAGACGGUACCAAACUCGAAAAGCACGUCGUGAACGCGAUCGGGAGCCGGGAGAACCCACUUACAGUGGAUGAUUUGAAGAAGAAGUUCAUGGACCAAGUCACGAUGGCCAUCGGUCAGGAGAGGGCCACGAAAGCGUACGAUGCGUUCACUAAUAUUGGUAACCUGACCGAUUACGCACUCUUCAGAGCUAAGAAAUCACUCAACAUGACUGUCGUUCACAUCGUCCUCUUCAAGUUCCGCCCGGACGUGACGGACGAGCACAAGGCAACCUUCGUCAAGGAACUCAAGACCCUCAAGACUCUCCCCUGCGUCAAGGCACAGAGACUCGUCGUCGGCGGCCCGUCCAUCACGGAUCCCAUCGAGCGCAGCAAAGGCUACCACUUUGCGCUCCUGAGCUUCCACCAAGACCGCAAAGCUCUGGAAGAGUACCAGGCCAGCGCGGAACAUCACAGGGUUACAAGCACGUAUCUCUGGCCGUUUAAGGAGGACGUCACGAGGUUUGACUUUGAAGUCGAUCAGGAAGAUGAGCAUAUGUGGGAUUUUGUUGCCAAGGGCAUGGUGAAUGGUGCUGCGUGA